GACUGGAAGCAGAUUAUGUGCACAGGUGCUGCUCCGCAGACUGCCAGACACUAUGUGGGCCAGUAAGAUGAAGUGAUAGUCACAAAACAACCUGGCUGGAUGUGUCUUUUCACCGCUUUUAACUGAACAGGAAUACUACGCUGGUGUGAAGACUAUGAGUGAGGUGGUUUGCACAAAGUCUCAGGAGGAAUACGAGGACGACUUUGAGAAGGAUCUGGACUGGCUAAUCAGUGAGGAAACCCGGAGUGAGGACCAGGGUCCUGACUUUGACGACAUAGAAGCAGAAAUUGACAAAGAACUGGAGGAGGAUGAGAAAAAGAAAGGAAAGAAAAGAAAGCCGAAAAGCCACAAGGAGGCGAAGAGAGGCAAGAAAACCGAGGUGUUGAAAGAAGAUGAAGAGAGGUGGCCCUCACCUAUGGAGCCAUUAGAGUAUGACUCAGACCGAGACAGCCCAAAUAAGUCCUCACCUGUAGUCCCACCUCCUCCAGGGAUGGAUGAGCAGACAGAAGAGGAGAAGAAGUACAUUCUGGAGAAGAUCCAGCAGGCUAAUCGGGACUUGCAGGACCAGGAAGCUCCGAAUAUGACAAGGCACAGACGGCUGCAUUUUAAAGAGACGCUGGUGGACCUGGUGGUGCCUCCGCUGCCGUUUGAGAAAGAUGGAAACAGUGGUGAGGUGGAGGGGGGACAGGGCUCCAAGGAUUCAGAGGCAGAGAUUGAGAUGUCAGGAAAGCUUUCUGAGCUAAAACUUUCCCCUCGGCAGGAAAGUGUAGGAUUUGGAGGAUCUGGUCGAGCUGGGGAGAGCAGUGAGGUAGGGCUAAAAGAGGGCAGGGUACUUGUCGAAAAGGACGGUAAGUUUGACCUGGUCAGCCUGAAAGAGAUGGAGAGUCUAGGACUUCUCCCUCCUAUAGCAAACAACUACAGUGACUACUCCUUUUCACGCUACCAGGAGCAGACUGUGAGCUCCAGUAAGACCCACAGGUCCUCCUCCUCUCCUCGCCCUCGUGCUGGCUCUUCCCCGUUCCAGCAAGGCUUUGAUCACCUCCGUGCCCCCAGACCCCCGGCUCAGCCCAGGAACAGGCCCAGCUCAGCCAGCCACAGCCAGAGAGGCAGCCAGAGGAGAGGCAGCAAACGGCGGGUGCAGUCGGCCGCCGGGACACCCUGCCAGGCCACCUACACCCUCUCGCCCCAGCAGAAAGAGUUGUUGCAGAGGAUCCAGGAGAGGAAGGAGAAGCUGGCCAGAGAGGAAGAGCAGAGGAAACUGGAGGAAGAGGAGCAGAAGAGGCAGGAUAACGAGCUAGCGUUUAAGGCCUGGCUGCUGAGGAAGAGAGAGCAGUUUCAGGAGGAGAAAAGGAUCCACCGAGCCCAGGAGAUGGAGAGGAUGAGCUCUAAGAAAGACUCCAGCGACCCGGAGGAGUCCUUCAGGCUGUGGCUUCAGAGGAAGCAGGAGCAGCAGCAGAAAGAGAGGCAGCUGGUGGAGCUGAAGAGGCUUGAGGAGGACAGUGGUUACCUACUACGCAGCCGCGAGGAGUGUGAACGUGCCUUCAAACUGUGGCUGAAGCGGAAACGGGCGGAGAAGCGAGCAGAGCAUCAUGCGGCUCGAGAGCGCUCCCGCAGGUUGGUGCUCGAGGAGCGCCGCGCGCGCCGCAUGAGGGACCUGCUGUGUACCGUCAAUGAAACAAAGCCAUUCAGAUUCACCGAACAGCUGGCCUACCGCUUCUGAACCAAACACAUCCAACAUGUCCGCUGGAUUCAAACUACAAAACCACAGACGGGGCGACACGAGGCUUAAGUGUGGAACAUGAGACAUAGCAACAACUGAACACAGAAUAAACUAAGGUUUUGUUUUAUAAUUUCUAUUUCUGUGCUGUGUUUAAGCACAUUCUGAAAAGAAAAAAAUGUUUACCGCAGUGACCUUUACUUAGUGUGAUAACAUUUAUACAGUGAAUUAUUUUUUAUUACUGUAUUUACUUUGUGUAGUGGCUGAUGCACUUUACUUUAAAUGGAGCUCUUCAUAAACUGCAGGGAUGUGCAGCUUUAAUACAAAACUAUUUUUUACUGUAUGCUUUCGGUCAGAGAGUUUUUGGUUACAUAGAUACACAAGGAUACCUUUGAAUUUACAACAGGUUACUUGAACAGAUGAAACUGGAAAGGAAUGAAAAAUAUAUCUGAGGAAAAUAUGACUGGCUGUUUGAGAGACAUUAAACUUCUAAUUUAUCACAUUAUUAUCGUCAUAGAAAAUAAUGAAUGAUGUUUAAUUUCAUGACAUGGAUAAAUAAAAUGAAAAUACACAU